ACUAGUCCUGCAUAACCAUUCUUGCACGCACUCAAUAGCGUUUACGCAGCCAUAUCAUAUCACGUAUUGUCAUUUGCGCAAAUGUUACGUUGAGUUUCAUGGUAACAACAAAUCAACAUGUAUAAGGUGCACCAAGGGCCAAGCAAGUUUAACGUCCACAACAGAAGAGUUCUGACGCAACAACUCGAUCAAGAUACAUCACGCGACGGGAGGCCAGAAUCAGCUGGGGGUGUGAACGGAAUGAGUCUACAUACCUCACCCAAGCCAGUGUUUCACAGUGCCAGCCCAUCUGGUAAGUGGCAAGGCAACAACUCACGGUUCCACAAUGAGAUUGAAGUGCCUGCUGACCAGUUCCCACCUGAACACUUAGAGAAAGUCAGAAUGCUUAGUGAAGCAUGGAACAGAACAAAAGCAGAAAUCCAAGAAGGGAAACAGCAAAGAAGAGUGGACGCAAUGUCACCAAUCACAGUAGAAUAUCUGGACAAGAGGGAACACCCGCUAUUUCAGAAUUUUGAGCCCAUGGAUCUGGAGAAGGAACAACUAGACUACAUGAUGAGCAACAAAGAUACAACGUAACACAGGUCUUACAGUGUACAGUAAAGUCUGUCAUAAAAGAGUUAUUAUAUUGAUAAGUGUGUGUUUUUCAUUCAGGAAACCUUUUGGUUGUGCAUGUCGAUGAAAUCCACAUAAAAAAAUCAUCCUUGGAACCAGCAAAUAUUCCAAUUUUGUUCUGAAAAAUGAAUGUGUGUUUCGCAUUUUUGCAUGAGGUAUUUUUUGGAUAAAAUGAACUUAAUACAUUUUUUUAUGAUUUGGGAUACAAAGGACAUCUACUCGGAGUGAUCCCUAAUUUCCAUUUUCCAGAUUUGCGAGAUUGCUAAUGUUGCUAGCAUUGCAACUUGGAGUGCAAUCCCUGGCCACAUUGCACAAAGGAGUUUUAUAGCUUCAAUGAAGACAUUUUAAAUUACAAAAGACUUCCAAAAUGAAACAGCGCUAGCUCUUUUUUCCAUGAUUUCAAUAUUCAAAUUGUACUGUUCAAUCAAUGAAAGUUCUCUCUAGAUUUAUUUGGGUCGGGGAGUUCAAGUAGCAGUUCCAUUGGGAUGGAAAAUGAAAGAAAUUACCCACGUGCUCGACACUAUUUAUAAAAAAAAAAACCACCUCACAAUUUCUACACAUUCAAUGCACAACCUUAGAUCAUUGCAACCUAUAUUCCAUCCAGCCUUCUAUCAACCAACAGUGCCCCAGUUGUACCUAAUCUUCCAGUUAGUUUAUAGAUAAUGUCUAUAUUUUUUAAAAGUUUGAUUACAUAUUUGAUGUUAUAAAAUAUAUUUGGAAAUUUACUAGUUUGUUGUGUUGUUGUUGAAUGGUAGGUAAACUUAUUUUUACCUGGGUGUGGUCAGUAUACGUAGGUACAAUGUAGUUGGGAUUCAUCAGGCUGCAGGUUCUAAGUUACCAGGAAAAAAUUACUUUUUGUGGAACUUCACACUUGUCAGAUUAGUUAUAUUUGGAUUUUUGUUUUAAAUCAUGAAGACCAAAUUGAUUUAAGAAAAGAUUGAGUCUGUGACCUGAGAACCAUACUGCUGCUCUUUCAAAUUAGCUAUCCAGCCUAUUGUUUAUGCCCUACCAAGUUGUGACUAGAGUUGUUUUGGGUGGACAAAUUGUAAGUCUAUUAACCUAUGGCUUGAUAGCCAAUUUAUAAGAGUAGAUGUAAACCAUUUUAGUGUUCCUCGGGCUAGAAUCCUGCUUCAUUGAAAUUUGUAUUGUGCUAUCAGAAAAGGAUCGUAGCUUUAAAGGGACUAUUUCGUCAUAAAUACAUGUAUCCAGACUGAGGAACCAGGGGUUUUUCACCCACCCAUCUCAUCCCCUGUAGGCUCUGUGUGCAGGAACCCUCUCAUUGGUGUAAAAGAGUGCAAGGCAUGAACGACCAUUUGGUUGCCCGUUUGACUACAAUGUGUGAGUAGGUUGGGGGAAGUGUUUGAACUGUAUGUUUGUGUGCAUGUUCUGACUGGACCCAUCUCUUUGACUGGCUCUCAUCUAUGUUCAUUGAGGGGCUGGGAAUCAAACUUCUUCUCUUGCUCCAUAAUCAUUGGAGCCUAAAUACUGUAGUAUUCUGGGUCACCUAUUUAACAAUAUACAUUCGCAAGAAAGGAUUGCGUGACCAAAUCAAAUUUCGAACUUAAGUUGUGAUGAAUUUUGUUUUUGUACAGCAGUGGUUUCUGCAAGGGUUGGAAAGAGAAAAGUCCUUUUGGUGAUAAGUUAGGUCUCCAUUGUUUCUUUUUGAACUUCAAAUUUGUUCCUACCAUGCUUGAUUCAUAAGUCUGUUGUUUGGAGUGAUAAUGAUAAGUGUGGAAUUGGUCGCUGAAGACGCACAAUUGGGUCACAACGUUCUUGUGUAUUUUCUCCAUUUCUGGUUUGAAAGUUAUUGGAACCAUCUAAAGUUUUUCGUGAUGUUUUGUGAACUGAAAAUAUCAGUGACUUACAGGUUUGAGUGCAAUGAUUAUUUCCUCAUCAGUAGUGUCUCCCUUAUGUGAAUUUAUUAUGUUGUGGUAAUGUUUUACACAACAGGUUAUGAAAUUGAUAUCGUGAAGAAUGGCUCUUUUAUUUGCAUUUAACAUGGAAUAUUAUUUGAAUUUGAAUGACAAAAAUUAUAUUUAACGUUAUUUGAUUGUGUGAAUAUGACUAACGCAGGAUUUUAUUUGUGAGUUUUGAAUUGGGAAAUUCAAGAAAUAAAUGGUGUUUUAUGAACAGGAAUUAGAAAUGUAAUGUUGCAACUGCAAGUUUGAUUGCUGUUGAUUGUUUACCAUGUUGAUUAUUUACAAAUAAAUUUGAACAGUGAGUUUUCACGUUAUUGUACCAUG